UUACCACUUCGCCGCCAAGCUCCCGCCUCUUCCUGCCUUCGAUUUUCACGAUGGCAACAAGUUUCAGGCCAAAUCUCAAGUGGAGUUUUCAAAUUCAGGCUCAUUCUCGCCGGAGCUCCUCUUCCAAGGCUUCUCCAUAUGCCUCUAAAGGCAGGGAAGCUUCUUUUGGUUCAGGAAGACUUUCCUUCUUCUCCAGUAUUUGUGAGGAAGGAGAAUUUAUCCCUAGAGAGACCUUUAAAACGUACACUUGCUUGUCCGAAGCUCCACAAACCUCGGCCGAUGAUCUGUUAGAUUUGAAAGAGAUAGAGAUAAACAAUAAGGCAAGGCCACUCGGUCAUUUGCAUUACGGGUUAAAAUGCACCAGGCCGUCCAGAGUAGACGACAAUUUUUCUGCUGGUACGAGCUUGCCUACUGGCAAAGCGUCGUCUUUUGGCAUGUUGAUGAAAAACAUUGAUGUUUUGGAGGAAACUUUUGCUGAAUCAGGCAUGCUAAGCUUGGGAAGAGAUGGCCAAAAUGACUUAGCCAUUGAGGACGGUGGAUAUCAUAAUGUACACCCAAAAACAGAUGGCCAGAAUGAUGAUGUCGUAGUUUACUCUGGAAAAAGAGCAGGAAGAAGAUCAGUAAAAAAGAGAGCAGUGGAUAAUGCUGAUAAAGUUGCUUCCCAGCCGCUAACUACACGAGCGGCUAAAGAAAAAUUUCGUAAUUCCUCGAUAUUUUCAAGAAAAAGAGCGUUUAAAAGACCGACCGUUGCACGAAAUGAAGUUGAAAUAUCCACAGGGGUUAAGGUAGUUGCAAAUUUAGAAAGAAUUAGAGAAACUUUAGAGAAGGAAACUGGAAAAAUAUCAAGCAUGAGUUGCUGGGCCAAUGCUGCUGGUGUUGAUAUAAAGGACCUCCAAAAACAGCUGCAAUUUGGUUGGUUCUGUCAAGAUGAACUCUUAAGGACUACUAAUUCAUUAGUUCGGUUCCUUUCGAAGAAAUAUCGAUGCUCUGGACUACCGAUGGAGGACUUAGUUCAGGCUGGAGCUGUUGGUGUUCUGCAAGGUGUGGAAAGGUUUGACCCGAAAAGGGGUUUUAGAUUCUCAACCUAUAUCCAUUACUGGAUAAGGAAAUCGAUGUCGAGCGUUGUUGCACGAAAUUCAAGGGUGGUCAUUGACCAAGGCAAUGAAUCAGAUCGAAAGGCCUUGAACAACGGUAGUAGUCGAUAUUCUGAUGAUGAUAUAGCGAAGGCCACUGGUCUUCCUUUGGCUAAGGUUAGACUUGUUAACAACUGCUUAAGAGUUGUGGGUUCGAUUGAUCAGAAGAGGAGUGAUGGCCUAAAUGUGAAAUAUAUGGAAUUUACAGCAGAUACUUCAAUACAAAGCCCAGAAGAGACCGUGACGCGAAAACUCAUGAAGAUCGACAUCUUUAAUCUUCUUGAAGGGUUGGAAUCAAGGGAGAGGCAGGUCCUGCUUAUGCGAUAAGGACUUGUCGAUUUCCGACCCAAGUCACUUGAGGAAACUGGGAAACUUCUGCACAUAAGCAAGGAGUGGGUUCGAAAAAUAGAAAAGAAAGCCAUAGCAAAGCUGAAAAUGAAGAGACUGUGAGGAACUUGAGCCAUUAUUUGGCUUGAUAUACUUCUUUCAGCUAAUCUUUUCAAAACUUGCAGCAGGCCAAGGAAGCCAAGGUUCAUACUAAGAAAGCUACUGCACAAGAAAACACGACGAAUUGUUCAUAUCUCAAUCAUCGACGUUUCGAGUAAAGAAUUCUGUACAGUUCCAUACACGACACACCAACCCACUGCUUCCAGGUUCGUGCUUUCUAACUUAAAAUAUGUCCUUUAUUUCCAUCAUGCACUGAUGAGGCAGUAGAUAAAGAUGUUGACCUGGGCAUGGGCAAACCUUUCACAUAGCUACAUACAUAGCAAUUUUAAGCCAUAUGGUUCCAAAUAUAUUGCAUUGUAUUACAUGUA